AUGGCGUACAGGGUGCGUGUUCUGCAGCUGUCUGGCCAGCUGCUGGGCGAAGUGGAGUUAAUGGAGACGGCCAGCGUCGUGGACAUCCUUGCGGCGAUCCAACGCGAAGGGGAUCCAGAUCCCAUGCUGAAGAGGACCCUCGUCUUCGAAGGCAGAGCCCUGGAGGCGUCUGAGCGACUGAGGGAGCUGCACUUGCCAAGUCUACCACUCUUGGCCCACAUGCACGAGAUCCUGCAGGCACAGCAUGCAGAACGCGUGACCUCGCUGCCGGAUCCCUGCCACCUCGUGCAGUUUGCACUGGUGGGUGGGAGGGGAGUUGGGAAGACCAGCCUGGCAUGUAGCUACGCCAAACAGGCGCGAGACCCAACCAUGGUGCAGAUCCCCUUUGUUCGGGUGAUGGCUGAUGACACCCCCAUGCGGGUCCUUCUCCGGGACACUUCUUGGCCAGCCGGGCUGCCCACCUCCCUUUUCCUCUUUGGGAAGGACGCGCUGCUCCUGGUGAUCGACCUCACCGAUCCGAAGUCUUUGCAAGAUGUUUCCGAAUGGGUUCAGAGUGAGAGUGCGCAAGUGAUGCCCGCCAAGCUCUUGCUCGGGAACAAGGCCGACAUGGCGGCCCAGCGCAAGGUUUCGCGCAAAGAAGCGGAGCAGUGUGCCCUUGCACAUGGCCUGGCCUACUUUGAGACCUCGGCGGAAGAUGGGACCGGUGUGGAUGUGGUGGGCAUGAAGGCCUUGUGCGAGGCCCUGAAGGAGCGCGCCGGCGUUGUGAUUGCUGGUGGCGAGGAGGAUGCCGGCAAGACGAGGGAGGACUUCCUUCCGCAGCUGGAUCCACCUUCAAAGGAGGUCGCCGCGGUGGUGUGUGGGGCCGACUAUGCCUUCAACUACUACAAGCUGGCCAAGGCUGCCAACUACCUCCGACAGAAUCCCGACGCUUUGUUUGUAGCCACGAAUCCUGAUCCUCGAGCGGCUUUCGCCCACGGAGCAAUCUUCCCUGCAGCAGGAUCGAUGUGGAGCGCAAUUGCUGUGGCGUCUGGGAGGCAGCCAGACAUUGUCUGUGGGAAGCCGAGUGAGACGCUGGCCCGACACCUUCUGUCGUCUAAACACUUAUCGGCGGAGACAACGUGUAUGGUGGGUGACCGCACGGACACGGACAUUGCCUUCGGCCGAAGUGUGGGAAUGCAAACCCUCUUCGUUGAGAGUGGGAGCAUGACGGAGCAGGAAAUGAUGCAAACAAGCCGCUGGGAGCGGCCGCACUAUGUGGCCGAGUCCAUCGCCAUCCUUGCUCCGCUGCUGAAGUCGUAG